AUGGCGCCCAAACUAUUCCUCACCGGCGCGACGGGCUACAUCGGCGGCGAAGCUCUCUAUUUCCUGACGCAGGCGCAUCCGGAAUAUGAGUAUACUUUGCUUGUCCGUGACGAGGAACGGGGCAAGCUGGUCUCCAGGCAGUACCCGGAUCUCCGGCUCGUCUACGGCACCCUCGACGACGACGACGUGAUCGCGAAGGAGGCCGCCGCUGCCGAAGUCGUGAUCCACACGGCCGACUCAUCAGACAACAUGCCCUCCGCGCACGCUAUUGCCAAGGGCCUUUCGGCCGGGCACACGGACGCAAAGCCCGGGUACUGGAUCCACGUGUGCGGCACGGGGAUCCUGCAGUGGUACGACCAGCGGCACCAGCGGUUUGGACAGGCGCCGCUGCCCGAGCAGACGUACCAUGACAUCGACGACAUCGAGCGGAUCGUGACGCUGCCGCACGAGGCCAACCAUCGGGACGUUGAGGAGGUCGUACUGGCGGCCAACGAGGCGGGCGGGAUUCGGACGUUAAUCGUCAGCCCACCCACGAUAUACGGCAGAGGCCGCGGGCCCGUCAACCAGCGCAGCGCGCAAGUACCGCGUAUUGCAGCCUCCACACUUGAGCACAACUUCGCGCCCAUCCAAGCGCCAGGGCUUACGGAAUGGGACCACGUGCACAUCCACGACCUAGGCGCCUUCUUCGUCCUAGCCACCGAAGCCGCCCUCGACCCAGCGCGCAACUCCGACGCCAACAUCUUCGGGCCGCGCGCCUACUUCUUCCUCGCCAGCGGGUCGCACCGCUGGUCCGACGUGGCGCGGUGGGUCGCCGAGGAGGCGGCGCGCCAGGGCUUCAUCAGCGCGGCGGUCACGAAAGAGGUCGACGACCCGCGGCUCGGCACGAACUCGAAGGGCAUCGCGGCGCGCGCGAGGAAGUUCCUGGGUUGGGAGCCCCGCGGGAGGGGUCUCAGGGAGGAGAUAGCCGAGACGGUGAGGGUGGAGGCGAUGCGGAUGGGAAGGGCGUGA